UUUAAAAACCACUUUCUUUCUUCCUUUCUCCACUUGAUCCCUCACGUGCUCCGACGCGCCGGGGCUCGUCGUCGCGCCGCCGCCGCCGCCAUUGCCGCCUCCUCCACGUGCUCCCCGUGUACGCCUCCCCACCGCCCCCCUUGCUGCGCGGAGUGCUGGUGACCAUGGCUCAGAUGCAGUCAAGUUCGAAGGAGAAAGAGGUUUAUGAAGUCACUAGGAAAUCCAAUGAGCAGAGUGUUCUGAAGCUAGACGCUGUUGACGACGAAGACUCUGGUAAUACCACUUCCUCUGCUGGUGAAAGCAAGUAUCCUGGUUGGCCUGGAACUAGUGUCUUCAGGAUGCUGAUUCCUGCACAGAAGGUCGGUGUAAUAAUCGGCCACAAAGGCGAGAGGGUCAGAAGACUGUGUGAGGAAACAAGAGCCUGUGUUCGUAUUAUUGGUGGUCAUCUUUGUGCGGCAGAGCAAGCUGUAAUCAUUUUUGGAAGGGAACAGCCUGAGGAGCCAUUACCUCCAGCCAUGGAUGCCCUACUGAGAGUAUAUCAGCAAACUAUUAACGAUGAAUCUUUAGAUGUGGGAUCCGAUGGUGUGAUUGUGAGGCGGAUUCUUGUACCUAGUGAACAGGCAGAAAGCCUUAUUGGCGAGCAUGGUGUGAUGAUUAAUUCAAUCAUGGAAGCUUCUCAAACCGACAUCCGUGUCCUUGAUGGUGAUCUGCCUCCUGUUGCACUGGAAGAAGAUAGGGUUGUUGAAAUAUGGGGACUGCCUGCAAGAGUGCAUAAGGCUUUGGAACUUGUUGCUUCUCAUCUGAGAAAGUACCUGGUUGAUCGAAGUGUGAUCCCAUUGUUUGACCGUCAUGUACCUAUGCCAAUCUUGCACGUGGACGUACCCCCAUGUCACUACAUUGACUAUCCUGAGGGCCCUGUGCAUCCAGUUAGUCCAGGCUAUCACUCCGUAUCUGCUGAAGAUCUCCAACAUGAACAAUGGAUUGACACUGGCUAUUUGAGGGGUAGGCAUCCUAUGGGAAACCUUCGACAUGCUGAUACAUUUGAAUACAGAUGGGAAGCACAUACACCUUUCAGGAGAUAUCGAUCUGUUACACCACCAAAUCAUGCUAUAACUCCAUAUGGGCCAGAAGCAUCAUCACCUAUGGAAGCAUAUCUAUCAGCUCCUAUGGAAUUACAUUCACACCACAACCUUCAAAAUCGUUGGCAUGCAUCUCCAGUUAAUUCAACAGAUUCUGUUGAAAGAAUACGCUCCCUUAUAUCUGUGUAUGGACAACAAGCACGGCUACAGAAGCAGACAUGUCAAUCAGCUAAACUGGGUAAACAUCCACAGUUCGGAGUAUCUUUACAUGGAAGAGAAGCCCAUCCAACUAGGGUAUCUCCGUCAGAUUCUACUGAACAACCUCCAUCUCCUGGUGUUUCUGCAUGUGGACGUGAAGCAUCUCCAUGCUUCAGAAUGCACCCACCAACUACUGUGGAAAAUCUUCUACACUGUCGUGUAUCUGCAUGUGGACCAGAAACACCACUACCACUACAUCUGGCUGCAACAUCAUCAACUAGUCGAUCAACAGCAGCUUCUCAGGUUAAGAAAAAGAUGCAAGUACCAAUAUUCUAUGCUGAAGCUGUCAUUGGCCCAGCUGGUGAAAGAAUUGAAUACAUUCGUCGUACCAGCAGGUCGAACAUUUUGAUAAGCAAUUCAGAUGGCGCAAUGUCUAUUGAGAUCACUGGAAAUGCUGCAACAGAUGUUCUAACUGCAGAGCAACUGAUUAAGAACUUUAUGGCCGAAGCAGCUGCUGCCUCCCCUGGUCACAGUUUCGACUUCAUUCCAUCAUAUUUGCCAGCACCCAGAUCUGCCCAAGCUGAUGUUCUUGCUUCCCCUGGGACAAGCGAAGUGUUCAGUUUGCCAGAACGCCACCUGCAAAUGAUUUACUGAAUAUCCCCAACAGUUCCAUUUUCUGCACAUACCACCAAAGAUAAUACCGGCAACACAGGAAUAUACCAGAGACAGUAAUUUCGGAAGAUGUUUUGAUAUUCAUCCUGAGACUAUGAUAGCUUUACAAUUUCAACCCUGAGGGUUUCAUCUGGAUCACUUCUAGACCCUUUUUUUGUUGUAGCCUUGAUUCAUUCCAUGGGUUGAACCUUAGAAACUAGAGCCUGAGCAUAUGCUAUAUAUGGAAGUAAAGUUUUGGUUGAUUCAGCGAAGAUGGGGUAGCACCAUAUGUGUGCCCAGAUGAUUGAACGGUUGCGCUUCGCUGAAACAGAUUCGUGCUAAUCUUUGCUCCAUGAGAUACCUAUUGUCUGUUGUCUAUGUUAGCUGCUCUAGUGUCAUCUGUUAGUACGAAUAUUUGCUGGUUUACUGGAUCUGGGUGCUGCACAAAGGUUCCUCCA